AUGAAUAAUGUGGAUGAGUUAUCGUCGCAUCAUCAGCAAGAUGGUCAUCAGAAGCAGCCACUGAUACUCCGCCGGAAGUUCUCUCGUAAAUCCAGUAGCUGCACCAUUGAAAACGCCGAAGAUGCCCGUCAUGCCUUGGCCACUCGGCCCAGUGGCGUUCGAGGAGGAGCUUCCACGAACAUGGCUACCACCAACGAUCAGGAAUUGGUGGAGAAGGCCAACAUUCGGGGCAUUUUGUUUCCCUGGACACCUGCCUACAAGAUUUGGUGGUAUGCGACGAUCGUCGGCGCCAUGUUCACCGUCUUUUUUGCUCCUUACCAAGUCGCUUUUGAAGCGACGCCUGGAACUUUGAACCGAUUCAGUGUCACGGGAUGGAUCGAAGUUGGUCUCAAUCUACUCUUUACCAUCGAUAUCGUGGUCAAUUGUCACUUGGCCAUCUACAAGGACGAAAUGAUCGUCUACGAUCGAAAACAGAUUUUUUGGGAAUAUGUCCAUGGUGGAAUGUUCUGGGUGGAUGUGAUUGGAGUCUUUCCCUUUGAGACGGUCGCUCUCUUGCUGUCUGGAGAAUUGGGAGAAACCACCACUCUGGCUCUGCUCUUUUCCUUUUUGCGGCUCAUUCGGUUUGUCCGCUUGCACCGCAUUGCCAAACUAUCCGAAAUGCUCCAGUACAAUGCCCGUGUUUCCCUACUCGCAUCGACGCUCUUGAGAAAUUUUGCCGUCGUCCUCACAUGUGCUCAUUUGGAAGCCUGUUGCAUGUUCUUUUUGGCACGAAUUUACAAUUUUGAUGAAACCACCUGGCUGGGACCCAUUGUCCACGACAUGACCGGAUUUCAGCGCUACGUCACGUCGUUGUAUUGGAGCAUUGUCACCUUUUGCACCGUCGGGUACGGAGACUUUUCUCCCUCCAAUUCCUCCGAACAAAUUGUGGGCAGUAUCUUCAUGUUGGUCAAUAUCGUCGUGGCGGCAUGGAUUAUUGGAUCCAUCACCUUGCUCAUUGUCAAGGGAGAUGAAAAGACGGGCGAGUAUCGAGAUAGUUUGGAAACGCUCCAUCAAUACGGAGCCAUGCAUCAAUUUGACCCGCCCUUUCUCAAUAAAUUACAGCGACAAUUGAGUUUGGAAUUCAACAAUCGUGAAAUUGCCGAUGAACAGGUACUCAAAAACUUUCCCAGUGCCUUGCGACGAAAGAUAUUGCGGAAAUUGUAUCUGCAACCCUUGAUCAAAACGCAAUUGAUGAAGGGAGUACGACAACAAUUUGUGGAUGCCUUUUUGACAUCGUGCACGGUGGAGAUUUUCAGUCCUGGCGAAGACAUUGUGGAACGAGGCUCCAUUUUGUCCGACUUGUUCUUGUUGGUGGGAGGGAUUGCCGAAGUGACGACACCCGAUCUCGUUGCGCAGUCCAAAGACGAAGUAGACAAUGACAAUGCGACUACGCGACACGGUACCGGUAGACUCGUAGAGGGCGAUUUUAUCGGUGAGAUUGGCUUUUUCACCGAGUCGCCUCAAGUGGACUCUGUCACCAGCUUGACCGUUUGCAAGACGUUGACCAUGUCUCGAUCCGCCUACAAACUACUGGCACAAGAUCAUCCUGGGUCUGUUGGAAAAAUCUUACACAACCUCCUCAAGAAAGUAGAAGGAAUGGCUCUACAGCUGGAUCUGCCAAAGCGUUUGACAGUGUUGCGAGCUGGUUCUGACUUUGAUAUAGAAGCCGGCUAUGGCACCUUGAAAUACAACCACAAUACCAGCAACAACAACAGUCUGAGCAGACGAGAAACCGAAGCCAUUUUCCGCCGUCACGAAUCACUCACUGCCAUUGAAGAUCUUGUAAAAAUGCACAUGAGCAAACAACUAGAUGAUCAGACAACAAAGCUCCUCUUUGCCGCUUCCCGUGGAGACACGAGCACCAUUUCUCUGUUCAUGGUUCAUGGUUUUGAUCCCAACAACACGGACUACGAUCACAGAUCUGCCUUGAUGGUUGCGUCCAUGAAGGGCAACACGGAUGUCGCCAAGCUUCUAUUGGAGUACAAGGCUAAUCCUAACCUGAAGGACAUGCAUGGUUCCAGUGCGUUGCUGGAGGCCGUAAAGAAUGGUCACGAAACAACCAUGGCUCUGCUCUCCACAUAUGGGGCAGACCUGUGCAUGCCAGAGAGUCGUGCAGCUUCGGUACUUUGCCAAGCUGUUUUUGAUGGCGACAUUCUCUUGUUGAGGCGACUGCUCAAGGCUGGUAUUGACAGCAAUGCGGCCGACUAUGAUAUGCGUACUGCAGCACACAUUGCAGCAGCCGAGGGCAAUGUGGCAGCCAUCCGCGUGCUUGCAGAGCAUGGGGCCGACCUCACAUUGAAAGAUCGAUGGAAUAAUACCGUCCAGGAUGAAGCCAGGCGUUCGAAUGCUCGCCAACUUUUGGAGUUUCUCGAAGAGCGCAGGAAUCCAAAUUGA